AAUCAUCCAAUCCAAUGCGCUUUCCCCCCAACUACGGAACGCUCCACAAUCUUAUCCAAUAAUUAUCGCCAUUGGGCGAUACCUUAUCUCGUGCAAUGACGCGAUAUUUUAAAGUUCUAGCGAGAUAAGAGACUAGUGAUUAAAAGUCAGGUGUAGAAUGUGUGUCUGACCGCUAUCGUUUCAAAGAAACUUUAACAACCGUUACUUAGUGCUUGAUUACAAAUAUUACGAUGUCGUUGUUCAAGAAGAAAGCGCCAAAAUACACGGCGCCCCCGGUGCCGCCCGUGCCGGCAGAAGAAGUGUCUCCUGCUAAUGGAGUGGACAAUAACAAUGGUGCUCAGAAGUCGCAGCUGGUCUUCCACUGCCAGCAAGCUCACGGCAGCCCCCUUGGACUUAUUUCUGGGUUUUCUAAUGUCAAAGAAUUAUACCAGAAAAUUGCGGAAUGCUACGACUUUCCACCAGAAGAUAUCCUGUUCUGCACAUUGAACACGCAUAAAGUAGACAUGAAGAAGCUCCUAGGGGGACAAAUUGGAUUAGAAGAUUUUAUAUUUGCGCAUAGAAAAGGUCGUCCCAAAGAAAUUGAAAUUGUCAAGACAGAGGAUGCUCUCGGCCUCACCAUUACGGACAACGGAGCCGGAUACGCGUUUAUCAAGAGAAUGAAAGAAGGUUCUAUAGUUUCGAGAAUACCGCAUAUAGAGGUCGGUGACCACAUUGAAAAACUAGACGGUUUAAAUAUGGUGGGCAAAAGACAUUACGAAGUAGCGAAAACAUUAAAAGAUAUCCCUAAAGGCACGACAUUUACUAUACGACUUGUGGAGCCGUUAAAGAGUGGUUUUAACAGCAUUGGACCAAAGACGAGUAGUGCCAGGGCAGGAAAGAAACAAAAUUAUGGCUCAGGGAAGGAAACACUUAGAUUUAAGGCAAAUGGUCAGGCCACUAUUGAAAAUGAGCAUGACGAGAAAUCGAAAGCGGGCAUAGAGAAAAUAAACUCUCUGUUGGAAUCGUUCAUGGGCAUCAACGACACCGAGCUGGCUACGCAAAUGUGGGACUUGUCUGGGGGCAAAACAAACUCCAUGCAGUUAGCUGAAGCCAUAGAUAACAGCGACUUGCAAGAAUUCGGGUUUACGGAUGAAUUCAUUAUUGAACUUUGGGGGGCCAUCACAGAUGCUAGAUCUGGCAGGCUCAGUUAGAAAUACUAGUGGUUAAGUGAUAGACAAAGACAUAAUUUAUUCCGAACUUGGCUUGAGCACUAACGUGUUAAGUAUUUAAAUUGCCUAGCGCAGCGCAUUCUCAAGUUCAAAUAUGGGAAAUGAAAAACUAUGCAGUUAAACAUGUUGACUUAAACAAAGAAAUUGUUAAUGUUGAAUAGUAAUGUGUGGUACUUCGUACUUAACCAAGAGAAUCGUAAGAUUAAAUUAAAUGAAUAAUAGGUAAUUGAUUGUUAUUGUAUUGCCUAGAUAAGUACGAAGUGCGUGGUGGGCUAACUAAGCGAUGGUAGCGAUUGACAAAAAAAGUGACCAUAUUAGAGAACUGAAAGUAUAUACUGUACACGUGUACACCGUCAAAAUAGGUAGGUACAUCAGCUAAUUUGACCAACAGCCGCCAGGCGGACACUAUCAUCACAUACACAGUCAAUACUUUAUCGUCAAGUGGGGCUAUUUGAAACAAAAAAUCCAACGAGUUUAAUCUUAAUUACAGUUUUUACACUUUUUACACAGUAGGUACAGUCAGCAAAACCAUUAGUUAAGCACCCCUGCAUAGAUAUUAUAAUAGUUUUGCCAGUAGUGCUGGAGCCACGUCUUUUUAGGUAGGUACUGUAAUAAAAUGAAAGCAUUUUUUUUACAUAUAUGAUGGUUUAAAGUACAUGUGCGGUCUUUAAGUUCAUAGUUAUCAAAAUCCCAAAGCACGGUCUUCAAAUUGCCCUACUCGACUGUAUACAAAAACUUGGGGCUUGUAAAGCCAUUAAGCAAUAAUACAUCGGUGCAAUUUCUGAGAGUAUAUUACAUAUGUAAAUACAUUUAUUUAAUGUAUUUCACAAUUUCAUGGUCUAAUAUGUAAAUUGAACAUUAUAUAAUUUAAAACUUAUAAUUUAUAAACCAACAGAGAUUUAUAAUUAUUAUCCUAGAGUUGUGUUAGUGAGUAAUGUGAGUAUAUAAAAUUGACCUAAUUUUGUAAGGACUAGGGUGCUAAGUAGGUUUAAUGGUAUUAAGCAAUUUGAAUGAAAAUAAAAUGUCUGUCAGUUGCCUAUUAUCCUGUUAGUAUUAUAUUACAGAACGUAAGUGUACAAAGUGAAAUUCCAGCAGUGCCUUUUGUAAUACAUGUUGUGAUAGUUUGGAUAUUAGAGUACAAAUUGGAUAAGUGAUAUGUAUGGUACUGACACUGACUAUCAUUAUUCGUAAUUAACAGCUUGUUUUAUGGCGCCAAGUGACUGUCAUUAUAAUAUUUGUUAUUACUGUAGAUUCUAUCGUCAACUAUAUCUUUUAAGCAUAGCGCUUGGAUAAUCUACAGGAUACGUGGUGUACCUAGGUUGGCCCAGCAUAUAUGUAAAGGCAACUCAAAUGUGUAUUCUAUCUCCAUAGUUUUUUUCUGUGUAGGGUACCUAAUUAAGGUAUAAACCGCAUUAACCGCAGACGCCACGGAGCAUUAUGGCCCAUCGACACCCUUUUUAGCCCAUUUAAACUCAAUUCAUGCAUUAUUCGUCGUUAAAUUCGCAUUUUCUUAAAUCGAAAGUACCAUAUUACUAUAGGUAUAUUAUUCACACUAUAUUAUUAUGGCACUGAGUAAUUAAACUAAACUUAUGUGCCGGCUUGUCUAGAACAGAAUUCAACUACUCCAUAUAAUAUUUAUCAUUAAAGUUAUACUAGCUAAUGUAUUGUACAGUCACUAGUUAAGAUAGAUAUUUAAUUAUUAAAUCUACCUAGUUAUGUCUAAUUCAUUCAUUUGUUUAUAUUGUGUAAUUACACUCUAAGAAUUAAUAAAGUUCGUCGUUUAUA